GGUCAAUUGCUCUAUAUGCUUUUUGCUCAUAAUCUCUAAAACUUUACAUUUUAAUUUGUAAUUUUGUAAUUGCAUUUUUGUUAUAAGAAAAAGUAUAUUUGUCGUUUUCACAGAUCAAUUUAGACGAAUAAUAAAUAACAUAAUCCAUUGGUAAAUGGGUAAAUUAUAUGAUUUAUGGUCAAACUGUGUUAUUGUGUAUCUAACACAGUAAAAAAUGGAGGUUUCCAGCAAUACCGACGCCGUCAAUCUGGGCGUAGGUGAAGUAGAAGCAGAAAUUGGAGAAGAACUAAAACAGUUAGAAGAAGUGAAAGAUUAUGAUACUCGUAGUGAAGUAUCUAGUUCCUCUUCUAGUGAUACAAGCUCGCCAAGUAUUAGCUCUGUGAGCACUAAUUCUAAAGACAGACGAAAUAAUCGUAAAAGAGCUAAGUCUGAUAGUCAUUCCCCAGUACAAACUAAACGACGAUGUGUUACAACAACUAACAAGGUAAAAAUUUACGAUUACGUGACAAAACUGAAUUAUUUGUUUCGAGAUACAAGAUUUUUUCUAAUCAAAUCUAACAAUGCUGAAAAUAUAACAUUGUCUAAAGCGAAAGGAGUUUGGUCUACAUUACCCCAAAACGAAGCAAAUCUGAAUCAGGCUUACAGAGAGUCGAGAAAUGUACUACUGAUAUUUUCAGUUAAAGAGAGUGGAAAAUUUGCUGGAUUUGCUAGAUUAGGAAGUGAAUCCCGCCGCGAUGGGCCUCCAAUUUCAUGGGUAUUACCACCUGGGCUUUCAGCAAAGGUACUGGAUGGUGUCUUUAAAGUAGAUUGGAUAUGUAGGAAAGAGUUAUCAUUUAGUAGCACUCUUCACUUAUACAACCCAUGGAAUGAAGGUAAGCCUGUUAAAAUUGGACGAGAUGGACAGGAGAUUGAGCCAAAAGUUGCUGAAGAAUUAUGUAGACUGUUUCCUGAAGAUGAUGGAAUCGAGAUGACACCAAUACUGCGGAAAUCUAAAGAAGCUUCUAAAAAGGCUUAUCUAAAAAGUGGUGGCAGUUACAGAACUUACAGAACACCUUUGCUCCCGAGAAAUAAUUUUCGUAAUCGUAUAAAUACAUCAUCUCGAAGCAGGAGAAAAAAUUUUGUUCCACCUAGAAAUCGCCUGUCUUCUAAUUCAUAUAAGAGGAGAUCUCCAUCACCAUAUAUGCGUGAUCGUUUGCCAGCGUGGUUCUCUAGGGGACGUGAUGCUUACAGUAGCAGCAGUUCGGCUGCAGCAGAAGCUUAUGUUGCUGAAUACAUGAGAUCAAUGCAUCACCAGCUUCCACCAUUGCCCUAUGUACCGCCUCCAGGAUUCAGCGGAGCUUUAGCAAGUUACGAAGGACUGCCCCCGCCACCGCCGCCACCACGUUAUUAUGACUUGGGUGAUUAUCCUCGUUCAGUGCUUGUGUAUGAUAAAAGAUCUUAUGAACGUUCCGUGGAUGAGUUUUUGUGGCGCACUUCUGAUCGUUCACGUGCUCGCAGCCGGGAUCGCGAAUCCCAAAGAUCUUACAGGGAUCGACGAUAAAGACGGGAAUUCCACCGAUGUAUUAAUUAUUUCAUAUGAUACUAAUAAAGAUUGUGUUUGAACUUUGAA